CGAGUGUAUUUUCAGUCUGAGAUAUGUUACCUAGGCCUUUAUAUUGCGCAAGUGUUAGGUUAUGUAUUCGAACUGUUGUAAUGAGUGUAUGUAAAACAAAAAUAAUCGUCAAAUUAUUACAGUAGAAUUUAUUUUAAACUAAAAUUUGUAUUCAAUAUGUCUGAACAGAUAUUGAAUAUACUCUGUAGCUCUAAGAAGAUUGAAAGAGAUGGAGGUGUUGUUCACUUACAUAAAAUGUUAUCAUCUAAUGAUCCAGAAGAAAGAAUUUGUUUGGAAACAAGAAUUAUUCAAAUGCUGACAGAUUCAGAUGAUACGCCUUGGGAAACUAAACAAGGUUGUCUGUUGGGAUCUAAAGAAAUAAUUCAAAGAGUUGACUUGAAUAAUGAGAGGGAAUCAGAAUUUAUCAGCAAGAUAACAGAUAUAUCAAGGAAACUUUUGACUGAUAUUGAAGUUAGAGUGAGAUUGGAAUCUGGUGAAGUGUUUGGCGCUCUAUGCCAGAAGAUAGGACCGACUGUGUACGAAGAAGAAAAAGAUUUUGUUUUAAAUUUAAUCCUCGUCAACUUGGAAAGGCAAGUUUGUGUUGAUGAUUCAUCACGAAUUGAACAAAUUGAAUCAGAAAAGCUGUUUGAAAAACUAGUAGGAAACGGGCAAAGAAGAAACAGUGCAGAUGCAGCUCAGAUAUUCCAUGACACAGCGGGAUGGAAGAAUCUAGAAACAAGCUUGAAAUGUCUGCAAGCCAUGGUGUUGGGUUGUGGCACAAGUUUUCAGCCCUAUGUGAAUCAGGAACUCCUCAACUUGUUGUUCCGCACAACUAUGCACACCAACCGUUUUGUGCGGGAGACAGGCUUCUACGUGUUUUCUGCAUUAGUCAAGUGUGGAAACACAGAAAAAGGUAAAGAACUUGACACAAUGUGUGAUACAAACCCAAUUUUCGUGUUUGGACAUGAGUUCAGCCAACACUUAGCUCUGGGUCUGGCUGAUAAUUGGAGUCAGGUUCGGCUUGCUGCGUCAGAUGCAACACGUCAUUUCCUGUUGGCUCUCCCCUCCUCGCAAGCCAGAGAAACGUUUUAUCCACAACUGUUACCACAAAUGUGUCUAAACAGGUAUUAUAUUGCAGAGGGGGUGCGAAUUUACUCACAGGAAACUUGGCGACAGGUGAUGGGCAGCCACGGACGUAGCAUGGUGCAGCGUUAUAUUGCUCCCACGGUCACGUACUAUACUACAGCUACGCAGUCGGAUAACCACGCUGUGCGUGAAGCAGCGUGUGCAUGUAUAGCGGAGCUCGCAUCUAAGAUAGACCAAUCUGCAGUCAGGCCCUUCGUUCAAGUACUAUUGGAUACAUUGCUUACUUGCUUCCAAGAUGAUAGCUGGCCUGUGCGUGAUGCCGCGUGCUUGGCCUGUGGUCACUUUAUCCUGUGCUUCAGUGAGGAGUCUACUCACUCCAUGGAGGCUCUGUACCCUCUGUUCUUCGCCAACUUAGGAGAUCCCAUCUCUUCUGUGAGGCAAGGGGCUGCGGCAUCCCUUGGCAAUGUUGUGCGAGCUUAUGGCCAUCCUGCUCUACAGAUUGUCCUUGAGCAGGCAAAAACAUACCUGGGAGCUGUAAAAGACCAACUGGCUGAGACGGACAAGUACACUCAGGACAGUUGUGAGGGCCAAGCCAGAUUUGGUGUCAUCAAGCGACAACGUGACAAUGACAUGGAGCUUCACACUGACCAGCAGAUGUAUUCCUGUGGCUCUCUAGCUCCGAAAAUGGGGAGAGGUGGAGGUUGUUCUAACCACAAGUUCAACAGGCCGUCCCAGCCUUGGGAGAAAGCUGAUGGUUGUGUGUACCUGCUUGGAGAGCUGAGCUCUAUCCCUGAGGCCAGCAAGGAGGUAUUAAAGCUACUGCCGCUGCUCGCCAAUGCCUGCCAGUAUCAACACUACCCGCAGCAUGUUGUAUUGCUAGAGACCGUCUGCAAACAGCUGCCGUCGCUCGCCAAACAUCUCGGUGUUCGUGCGUUCAAGGCGUACCUGGAUCUCUUCCUCGACCCUGUCUUUAGGAGUAUUGAGAGUGAGAAUGCUCUGACGUCUAGUGCAGCUAGUCAGUGUCUCAAUCAGCUGAGCAGUCUGAUUGGUCCAAAUAUAUUGCGGGCUCGAGUCAACAGCUAUAAUCCCAGGUACUUGGACAGGUUGGAUGCCAACAUUUUCAUUGCACCCUUCUAAAUGACACCAAGAAAAUCUCUAUCUGUAACUUCAUCAAAGUCAUAUUACAGGUUAAAUGACGAAAUUCUAAAUGAAUCUUGCUAUAUAUGCAGUGUCAACUGUCGUUUACUUACAAUUCUAUGUUCAUUGGUGCAAGACUCACCAUAUUUGCUCCUUCUAUAGUUCCUCUGCCUUAGCCAAACCAGUAAUGAUAUAGUAAAUAAUCAACAUGUAUUAUUGUACACAUAUCUUUGUGUCUUUGCAAGACACCAAAUUUAGACAUCAACAGUAAAUACUAAAUCUUCAAAUGCUUAUUUAUUGAUAUAAAUAAAUUGUGAUGUUACUGUGUUAUAGAAUUAAUUAUAUUAUGGGUUUCUCAAUGACUAUCAUUGAUUUACAAAUUUACUAUUAGUUUUUAUGUGAACAGUACACAAUUUAUUAUUUUUUUUUUUUUUAAUGAAGACAUAUAGUUAAACUUAAAAUUAGAUAUAAAGAAAUACCUGAAGACUUUUGUAGUUUAAAUCAUUAUAGGUAGAUAGUUGCAUAGUUUCAGAUACGUAAGAGUUUAAGAUCAAUUUGUAGGAAAUAAUCACAAAUAAAUUAAUUAUAUUAAUUCGUAAUAUUAUUAAUGUUUGGUAUUUGUGUUAUUUUAUUUUGGGGUUUUUACUUAUCUUCAAUUAAAAUUCUUGAUUGUGUCCUUAAUUAAUAGAAAUAUUCUUUUCAAAAGUUUUUCUAGUGUAGAACACUAUUUUUGAUUGAUUGAGGUUAUAACAAAACCACAUUUUGACAGCCUAUUGAAACACCACCUUAAAAACGUUUUAGAGUGAUAUAUCAACACUAUUUUUGCCUUCAUCUUAACUAGUUAAGAAUUGCAUUACUCUUCAUGUAAAGUGAAACUGACUGUAUGCUCCUGAGCAUAGAACACGUGUACCUCUAUGCUAAUGCUAGUCUUAUAAAAAAUGUUGUAAGUGUAUAACUUUGAAUAUCUUGGAAUGUUAAUUAAUGGUUCUCUGUUUGAAGUGUUGGUGUUGUCAGAUUUUAUACAGUUUUUAAUGUUAUACUUUUAUUAAUCUUUUCAGUAUUCCCUCCCGUUUUAAUACAAUUAAUUAUAUUAAAUUUAUAAUCUGAACCAUAUGUCUAAAUGGUUUUUAGUAAUUUGGGUUUAUAUAAAAUAAAAGUUUGUGAAUUCAUAUAAAAUUAGAUAAAAACAUACUUGGAAUGAAAACAAAUUUAUGUUUUGAAUGUAAUAAUUCAUUUAUAUGACUAUUUUAAUAUUUGUUUAAAGUUUUUUUGGUAAUUCCUGUCUUUAAAGUACAUGUUUACCUAGAGUUAUUAAAACUAAUUUGUAUAUGGACUUUAUCACUAUAUACCUGAAUUGUAUUAAUUUUUAAAAAAGGAAUCACAAUUUUAUUUUGGUCAGAUAUAAUUAAAAUGUUAUGAAAUGUUUAGUUUAAUUUUAAAUUAUUUUAAUGUAAUCAGUUUUCUUAAUAGAAAAAAAAAACAGGACCAAACACAAUAAAUCUUGGAUUUUAUUAAAUUUAUAAAUUAAAAUAGGUUAAAAAGAGGUCCAAAUAAUCUUUUUCCCUAGCAAUCUAAAUUCAGUAUCAAUAGUGAAUAAUAAAGAUAUCAACAACACAUGAAAUAGGUAAAUUUUUAACAACAAAGCCCUUUCAGUGAAACAUUUAAACAUUUUAGUUUAAAAAGAGGUACAGAAAAAUUGUUAUAAAAUGUUGUAAUAUAAUUACUUAAUCUUGAUCUUCCAUUCACGAUCUCCUGCCACUUGUUUGUCCCCACUUGCUCAAAUUGUUUAUAUGUAUUAAAUGUAAACAAGACCACGAUCAUCAACUGCUUAUUCUAUUAGUGAAGAGUCUCCUUGUGUCUGGUCUCAGAUGAGUGCUAUAAGACAGUUUGGUCGUCUGACCUUGUUCUAGUGUUCUUAUUUAUUGAAGGUAGAUCUGUACUAAAUUUUAAAUCACAAUACAUGGUUUUAUGUACAUAUUUGUUAACAUUAACGGUUACGAGAAGUCCAUGAGUAUUGAGAAAAAUAUACAUUAUCAAUAAAUAUCCAGUUAUUAAAGUUUGACCUAUAUCAAUUUUAUUAAAAUUGCUAAAAAUUUGUAUAUUGCUGGCAAUUCCAAGUGUGGUUCUGGUGUAUGAACACCCUAACUCUGUGCUGUGGAGGUCAUGUUGUUACACAUCCUAGAAAAAAAACUAAUGAUUAUCCUAGAUUAUUGAUGAAUGAUGCAGUUAUAACUUCUUAAGAACUCAGUAAUCUGCAUCCCUUGAUUGUGUACAGAGAGAAUACAAUAUUAUUCUCAGCAGUUAAUAAUUUUAACAGAACCAACAAUACUCUGGAUGAUCCUUUCACAAUACAUUUUGAAAAAUAUAAAAGCUUUUUAGAAAAUAUGGUCUAUUUCACUAUAAAUACUCUCAAUACAUAAAGAUGUUUUCAGUCAUGGAAAACUUAAAGUUGCAACAGCCAAUUACUAUUCUACUUAGUUUUUUGAAGGAAGGAAUGAGUUUUCCAUUCUCCAAAUUGGUACUAGCUAUACUUUAUAAAGUGUCCCUUAGCUUGUCACCAUCUUUGAGAUUUAGUAACUAUUAAAUUUUAAUCCAAAAAAACUGGUGAAAAUCACUCAGUGCUACGUUAGGCGUGUCCAAAGAAAGGUCUUAUUUGGAACUCACUACAUUCUAGACUGAAUAUAUUCAAUGGUUUCAAGUAAAAAAAAACAGGUGAACUUUGCCAAAUCAGUGUAUAAUUCCAUGGAUUGGAAUGUUGAGUUUAGCUCCUUUUCACCUUCCGCUUAGUGCAGCGUCUGAAAUCUGGUGUUGUCACAGACUUUACUCCUGGAAUCUUGAGUUAUGUCCAUUUAAAGAGAUCUAAAAGAAGUUGGAGACAAAGAUACUCAAAAUGAACUCUUUGCAUUGUUUCAACAUCAGAGACAUCUAGACUAUAAAAGAGAUCUGUCUGGUUUAGCUAACAGUCAUCCAGUGUAAUCUAUAUGAAGAGCUGUUAUUCUUGCCUCAUCAUGUGCACAAUUGCAUCUUUUAAACACAUGUAUGUUUAUUUAUUUACACUUUUCAUAGCCUUUCAAUUCAGUAGUUUUUUUGUGCUAUUAUCACUUUUGGUAUCACUGCUAUUGUCAUUAGUACUAUUAGACAUUUCAAGAUUUUAAAUUAUUGUGCUUUUUAUUUGAUUUAACUUUGUUCACUACCAUUUUCUGGCAUAAAUUUUCAAUAAACACCUUAAAGUCAUUUGAAUUUUCAAAGGCAUUUUUAUGGUUUCAAGAAGUAAUUUUGACUAUUGUUUACAAACCGACAGAUGAUAUCUGUUUUGUUAAGGUGUUUUAGAAGCAAUAGCAGAGGUUCUGCAGCAACAAAUAGAAAUAAAAACGUUGAAUAGACAUAAAAACAACAAAAUAUACAGGCAUAGUGAGUACAAUCUAGUGAAAAACAUUUAACUACAUUGUGGUUGUGUUUCCACACGUUUCAUCUUUAGUUAUUGUGAGUUGUAUAUGUGAGUUGUAGAGCAUACUGCACCCGUUUUUAAUCUUAUUAAUUUGUCUGAAUUAAAAAAAACCCUUGUUUACGUGUGGCAACAUACUAAUAUAGGGUAACACUUGGUAACAAAGAAUACAAUUUUCAUACAACACUAUUGUUCAUAAUAUUUUUUCCAUAUAUUGUAGGAAGUAGAAAAGACUGUGUAUUUUCACAUUAAAACUGAUUAAAACUUGUAACUCAUAAUGGGAGUUUUUAUGAAUGUAGAUGUUUUAUUUAUAAAUGCAGAGCAAAAAAAUUAGUUUAGUAGCCUUCCUACGGCACUGUCAGAUUCAUACUGAGCGAGGUGACCUGUUACACAGAAAUCACAAUCCUUCACACACCACACAAUAUCAUAACUUUUAAAAUCCUUUUUGCUCUUAUAUUUGAUAGAAAAGAGGAGUAAUUUAAUAUGUGAUUUCUUCUUCUGUAUUAUUCUUUGAAUACAAAUUGUUUUCCAAUAUCAAUAAUUGCUCAUUAUCUGGUUGUAGAGUCAUAUUUUUCAAUAUUGUACUAUUGAUGUAAUUUUGUCAUCUAAGUGUAACUAUUUGUAAAUAAAAUACUCAUUUUGUUACAUACUUCA